GUCUCCUAUUGGUAUGACAAUCACAAGUGCUGGGUCACACCAUGCAGGGGAGGCAGAAACCCAGCACUCCAGAACACCAGGAGGAUCUUGCAGCUCGUGAAGGAGCUCUGCCCAUGUCCCAAAAUGACAAACCCUCUAUUUUCAGUUUCUCUAAGCUUGCGGUCUCUACUGGCCACGUCAAACCACCACCAGUGCUCAAACAUUCAAAAAUCACUUACUUUGAAGUAGAAAUUCUUGAUGUACAAAGCAAGAAGCAGAUCUGCAUUGUGGACAAGGUGUCUCCAUCAUCCACCCUUCUUGAUGUGAAACUCAAAUUUCAAAAAGCAUGUCCCCAGUGGUACCCUUCCCGUGUUGGCCUGCAACUGGAACGCAAUGGGCCCUAUUUGAAGGAUUCCAUUAACAUUCAAAGCCUUGCUGUUUCCUCCAUCAUUACACUGUAUUUUACAGAUCUAGGUCAGCAAGUUGGCUGGACCACAUUUUUUUUAACAGAAUACAGUGGCCCUCUUUUAAUAUAUCUGCUCUUUUACAUUCGGCUCUCAACUAUUUAUGAUCAAGUGGAAAGUACGAAGAACUUCCGUCACCCCGUGGUUCACUUGGCGUGCUUCUGCCAUUGUUUACACUACAUCAGACAUCUUCUGGAGACAUUAUUUGUUCACAAGUUUUCCGGAGGGCACACUGCUCUGAAAAACAUGAUAAAGGGCUGUGCCUUUUACUGGGGAUUCACUUCCUGGAUUGCAUACUACAUCAACCACCCCCAGUACACACCACCCUCAUUUGGCCACAGACAAGUUUCUUUUGCUGCUCUUGCUUUUCUGAUGUGUGAGGCUGGAAAUCACUUUAUCAACGUAGUUUUAGCUCACCAAAACCACUCAGGAAGUAAAGCCUGUUUUCCAAGUCCAACCUACAAUCCCUUCACGUGGCUCUUCUUUCUGGUAUCCUGUCCCAACUAUACCUAUGAGGUUGGGUCUUGGAUUAGUUUCACAGUGAUGACACAAACCUUGCCAGUUGGCAUUUUCGCUUUCCUGAUGGUCAUCCAGAUGUCUCUCUGGGCCCAAAGGAAACACAAGCUGUACCUGAAGAGAUUUUACCCAGAGGUGCGGAGAAAAGCAGCUUUGAUCCCUAUCAUCUUCUAA